CACGCUUCCCCGUUAUUAAACAUUAUGUGCACAGGGCGACGGGGGACUUCCCGCAGCCGCGGAGCCCAUGGAGCUGCCCGCGGCCGCCGCGCUGUGCCUCUGGCUGCUGAGCGCCUGCCGACCCCGCCUCGGGCUCCAGGCGGCCGCCGUGCUGCGAGCUGCGGGGCCCGGCCCGGGGGGCGGCGGGGGUGCAGGCGGGCGGCCUCCGAGCCCCGCCGCCCCGGCCGCCCCCGCCCCGGGUCCCCGCAACGCCCGCCGGGCCGCUGGCUCGGGCUUCAGGAACGGCUCGGUGGUGCCGCACCAGUUCAUGAUGUCGCUGUACCGCAGCCUGGCGGGGAGGGGACCUGCCGGGGCGCCCGCCGCCUCCCCCUCGGACUCUGGCCGCCACGGCCGCGCCGACACCAUCACGGGCUUCGCAGACCAGGCGACACAAGACGAGUCGGUGGCAGAGACCGGCCAGAGCUUCGUGUUCGACGUGUCCAGCCUCUCGGACGCCGACGAGGUGGUGGGUGCGGAGCUGCGGGUGCUGCGCCGCCAGGUUCCCGAGCGGGGCGCUGCUCCCGGGGCGCCCCCGCCGCCGCUGUGGCUGCUGCUGUCCACCUGCCCGGGCGCCGCCCGCGCGCCCCGCCUGCUGCUCUCCCGGGCGGCCGGGGCCCCGCACGCAGCGCGCUGGGAGGUGUUCGACGUGGCGGACGCGGUGCGGCGCCACCGCGGGGAGGCGCCCGCGCCUGGGGCUCUGUGUCUGCGGCUGCGCGCGGUGGGCGGGCCGGCGCGGGAGCCGGUGGCGCUGCGGGCGCUGGGCCUGGGCGCGCGGGGCGGCGCGGAGGAGCGCGCUCUGCUCGUGGUGGCGUCCCGCUCGCGCCGCAGGGGCAGCCUGUUCCGCGAGAGCCACGCGCAGGCCGGCGCCCUGGGCCCCGCGCCCCCCGCCCCGGGGUCGGGCCUGGGUUCGCCGGGCCGGCGGCGGCGGACAGCGGACAGCGGGGCGCGGGCAGGGGCGGCGGGAGCGGCGGCGGCGGCGGGGGGCGCGGGCCGGGGGCCGGGGCGGCGGGGCCGGAGCCGCUGCAGCCGGAAGCCGCUGCACGUGGACUUCAAGGAGCUGGGCUGGGACGACUGGAUCAUCGCGCCGCUGGACUACGAGGCCUACCACUGCGACGGGCUGUGCGACUUCCCCCUGCGCUCGCACCUCGAGCCCACCAACCACGCCAUCAUCCAGACGCUGCUCAACUCCAUGGCGCCCGCCGCCGCGCCCGCGUCCUGCUGCGUGCCGGCGCGCCUCAGCCCCAUCAGCAUCCUGUACAUCGACGCUGCCAACAACGUGGUCUACAAGCAGUACGAGGACAUGGUGGUGGAGGCCUGCGGCUGCAGGUAGCGCCGGGCCCCAGGGGCCGCCAUCCGGGAUCCCCAGCCGGGCGGCUGCGGACACCUGUGCGCUCGGACCCUGCCCCGCGCACGCGCGAUCACACUCCCCCCCACGGUCACCCAUAGUCACCCAUAGCCACCCACGCACCCCUCCACCGUGCACGCGGCUCAGCACCCCCAGCAUUGGUGACCCGCCGCCGCAGGUCACAGCCGCGCGUCCUUUGCGAAGGGGAUUCCCCCUCGUGCCCCCGCCAAUGCCUUGGGGGGGGGUGGAGGGGAGAAGAAAGGGUGGGGUGCUGCGAUGUUUUAGGGCCGGCAUGGGGGCUGGGAAGUGGGGGCGGCAGCUGGAGGAGCUGCAGGCCUCUAGGUUCCGCGGGAGGGCGGCCUUGUCCGGGGAGGUGUGCACCCGCCGCGCCCGGGGCCCUUGCGGAAGGUCUGCGUUGCCCCGGGGCCUGGACUCCGCCGCCGACCGCCUGACCUUUUUAGAUCUAACUUGGAAAGUCAAAAGAGCCCCCUCCUCCGCUUUGCAAAGGAAGCUUGCACCCCGAGCUGCUGGGGGUCUCCGCCAGGUCAAACCCCUUCCCCCUCUCUUGUUCUCAGUCUUAGUUGCAAAUGAUCUUGGAAACGGAAGGAACCCAUUUCUCUUGAGGGGAAGUGACACCAGGGAGAGGUUUUUAGUCUGCGACUUGGAUUUGAGCUG